AUGAACACUCCCAAAUUGAAUAUCGACCAUCUCCUGCUUGACAGCAUCUUGCAGAAGUAUGUUGAAGCAUCACCGUCAGCAAAGCAAUUGAUGGCGGCCGGGCUCGUCCUGAGAGACCGAAGUGGAGCUACGAUAUAUUCGAAUGCUUAUGGGAAAUUGAACGAUGGUGAUGACUCCCCACCUUUCACCACAGAGUCGCCCUGCUGGGUGGCAUCGUUGACGAAGCUCCUCACCGCGGUUUGUGUGAUGCAGUUGGUGGAGAAGGGUGCGGUGGAUUUGGACGACGACGUCGGCAAAAUAGUGCCAGAUCUCGCUGACAUAAAGAUAUUGCGCGGGUUUGAUAACGAAGGCAACGCGAUCCUGGUCGAGAAAAGCAAGCCGUUGACGCUUCGCAAUCUCCUUACCCAUUCAAGCGGCUUUUGCUACGAUAAUUUCGACCCUGAAAUGAUAAAGUGGUCCACUUCGGUCGGCAGGACUGUGACAUCCCAGUCCCACAGCCUCGAAGGCUUCACGUUCCCGCUCAAAUUUGAACCCGGCGAGAGUUGGAUGUACGGAGUCUCAAGCGACUGGGCGGCUCGCGUCGUCGAGGUUGUCAGCAACAGCACGCUUGAAGCCUACGCCCAGGAACAUGUGUUUAAGCCGCUGGGGAUGGUAUCAUCUACCUUCUUCAUAUCGGGACACCCCGAGCUUGCGAGCCGUCGAGCAAUAGUCGCCUUCCGCUCCCCAUUGGAUGGGAAACUCGUGACCGGCGACGACCCAGCCCCUCUACAGCCAAAGCAAAUCAGCGGAGGCGCCGGUCUAUUUACCACAGCUCAAGACUAUUCGAAUCUAUUGGCGGCGCUCGUGAGCAACGACGGGGUCCUCAUAAAGCCAGCAACCGUCAAGGAGCUAUUUCGUCCUCAAUUGCGGGACACCAAAGAUCUUCAGGCCUUUUGCGACGGACCGUUCCACGAUGCCAUAUGCCCCGAGUUCCCCCGGUGCCUUCCGGUCAAUUACGCAUUGGGAGGUGCGGUCAAUCUUGAAGACGUGCCUGGAAAACGUCGAAAGGGCAGCGUGAUGUGGAGCGGCUACACAAAUUCUCACUGGUGGAUUGAUCUGGAGACUGGUAUUGCGGGUACUUUGUUUACACAGGUGUUACCCAUGGUAGAUCCAGUCGUGAUCGCUCUAUACGACGAGCUGGAACGGGCAGUCUAUCAAGGCAUCACUAGCACUUGA